AGCUUCCUUAUGACGACAUUUCCGGCUUGUUUGCUGGCGUAAACACACCAAACAGCUGGCCGCGUCUACCUGGUCAAAACAGUCCAUUAACAUCUGUGUCACCUGCCGGGACGCAGAGCCGCCGUAUUACUCCGCGCCCAGCGGUGAUUCGCCUGAACUCGUCCUUCCUGCCGCCUCCUCUCCGCGACUAAACGGCUCGUUCCCUGCAGACUUCUGCCCACAAAAAAGAAGCGUCCGCCUUCUCUCUCAUGGUGGUUUCAGGUCAAUGGGGAACUGCCUGUUUUCACAAGGUGGGGAUGACUUUUCACUGCUGAACGAGUCCGAGGGGGGCAGUCUGCCCGGAGAGCCCCCGCCGCCCUACCAGCAGCACGCCCCACCGGUGCCCGUCUUCCACCCCACGCCGGGGGAGAGCCGUCUGGCCAAUCAGCUGACCGAGGAGGAGCAGAUCCGCAUCGCUCAGCGAAUCGGACUCAUCCAGCAUCUUCCCAGAGGUGUCUUCGACCCGGGGUCUGACCCCUCGGAGAAGAAAGUAAAAGAGUGUGUGAUCUGCAUGGUGGAUUUUGAAUACGGCGAUCCCAUCCGGUUCUUGCCUUGCCUUCACAUCUACCACCUGGACUGCAUCGACCCCUGGCUGAUGCGCUCCUUCACCUGCCCCUCCUGCAUGGAGCCCGUCGACGCAGCCCUGCUCUGCACCUACGAAACCAACUGAGCACCGGCCACCCGCCGGGCGCUGCUGCCCAGAAGUAGACGCCCCGCUUUUAGCCAGACUACCCUAGCUGUUUAACAGGGCUAGCCGGGGCGGGGCGGCCCUGUGCAGAUGUUUGGAAGCUCUAUGGGGAGAAGAUGACGCACGUCAGGAACAGUUUUCUACGGCGCGUUUCUAUAGAUUUGAUACACACCUGUGUGUUUGCCUUUCUGCUGUAGGGAAAUGCGGAGAGGCCUGUCAGACCAGCAAACGCUGUGCUUGAAGUAUAUAAAAAAAAAAGAGAUAAAAUACCAUGAUUUUUAAGGUCAUCAGUAGAGUUUGCUUCCCCUUUGAUGGAGCAUUGUCCGUCAUUUCAGCUUGGGACAUUUGUCAGUCAUGUGACCUCAUUGUUUGUCAAGUUGCCAAUGAAAACUUGAAGAGAAAGGAGGGUUUUCUUUGAGAGAAUCUUUUGGUCCGGGGUGUUGCAAGAAACACCUUCCCAGCGUUCACCUUAGUUUUCCUGAUCAGACUCACGUUGUCAGGACUUCUGGCUUUUCCGACGUUAUCAGUUCAGCUGUCAACCUGAUUAGAGGAUUCCUCUUUUUUUUUUUUUUUUUCUUUUUUUUUGCCAGUGUUGGUUGCGUUGUUGGGUUGAUCUUUUCCUCCGUUUGAAUUCUCCGCUUGGCUUUUGAUUUAAAAUACAGUCCUUCCAGUUUGCGUGUUUUGGUUUACUGUCAGAAACAUUUACGUUUGCUUUGGUUAUGCAGUUUUUGAACUUCUGCCAGUGAUUCCCAAGGCUCCAGAGUUCGGUAGCACAAAACGCGAGGCGGCAUGCGCGUCGCGUCGGGAGAACUGGUGAAACAAGCAGCCGUAGCAGCAGGCAGGGAUGUAAAGGCAACGUGAAGCCUGACUUCAGCCGUUAAGAGGCUCCGAGUACGACGGCGUUUCUGAUUUACUGUGCACUCGCUGUGCCUUUGGUAAUGGUUGGGCUAAGUUCUGUGAAGUACAAUCACUUUUUGACUCUUACUUUGUCGUUCUUUAGUUUUCCUCUAGGAGGAGACACAUACCAGCACAAUGCGUCACAUUCUGUUUCACCAGGCUGGAGAGGUGACCUGGCUGCUGCAGCAAGCAGCAACAGUCUGUGUGUGUUUUAAUUUAUAAUGUAUGCAAAAUGUGCACAACGUUUUGAAAAUUCAAAAAAAAAAAAAUCACAAUAAAUGUGAGUUUUAACUCUU